CCAGUUCCGGAAUUAAAUAUUGCGAUCACGUGAUGUACAAAAUGGUAGACGAAACGAAAACAUGCUGAUUGUGUUUGCUAUUUGUUAAUAAUGGGUAAAUCAUAUAGACAGAAGAAUCACGGUGGACAGUCUGAUAACAAGAGAAAAGAAAGACAAAAAGAUCGACAAAAGUCGGAAAUUGAAUUUCUUCCAGAUGCAGAAGAUGGAUAUGCUUAUGGGUUUCAAGGGAAUCAAGAUGGAAAUGUAACCAAUGAUCAAGUGGAAUUUAAGUUUCCAUGUCCGUUGGCCAUGUGGGAUCUGGAACACUGUGAUCCUAAAAAAUGUUCUGGCAGAAAAUUAAGCAGAUUUGGAUUGGUCCGUACUCUGAAGCUGAAGCAGAAAUUUGGUGGUCUCAUACUAAGUCCUAUGGGACAAAAGUGUGUUUCACCAGAAGACAGAGAUAUUAUAACACAACAUGGCCUUGCUGUUGUUGAUUGUUCCUGGAACAAGUUAGAGGAGACACCAUUUGCAAAGAUGAAAGGAGGGUAUCCUCGACUUCUUCCAUACCUUGUUGCAACAAAUCCGGUUAAUUAUGGUCGUCCAUGCAAAUUAUCAUGUGUUGAAGCUUUUGCUGCAGCAUUUUAUCUUACAGGAUACAAAGAUCUGGGUUCCAGACUGCUGGAUAGGUUCAAAUGGGGUCAUAAUUUUUAUGAAGUUAAUGAAGAAUUAUUAGAGAAAUAUUUAGCUUGUAAAAAUAGCAUAGAAGUAGUAGCUGCCCAAGAUGCCUAUCUUCAACAGAUAACGAAAGAAUCAGAGGAAAGGAAAUUAGAAGAUCUGACAGAUAUAGAUAUGAGUUUAGAUGGGUAUAAUCCAAACAGAUGUCAAUGGCCUCCAUCAGAGAGUUCAGAAGAAGAAAGCAGUGAAGAAGAAUCUGAAGAAGAACAGGAUCAUGAAGGCAGUAAAAAUUCUGACAGUGACCCAGAAACUAAACAUAGUAUUAGUGAAACCAAUGAUAGUGUGAAAUUAUUAACAGAAAAUUCAAAUGAUAAUUCUGAUGAAAAUUGUGUUGAAAAUAGUAAUACUGCCGAUACUGAAAAAAAUGUACAGGCAAAUUUGAAUAAGUUGACUUUGAAUGAUGAUUUAUAGUAAAAUUGUAAAUUAGUGCAAUAAAUUAUUUGAAUU